AUGGAACAUCCUACUAACAACUUAAUCUCCAGCUUUAUCCACGUUGCCGGCUGGUCUCAGCACUUUCCCUCAUCGUCAGCCAGAUCACUCAGCCACCUCCGGUCAAUAUCAACUGUGCCAGGAACUAGUGACGAUUCAUCGUCAACAUACAGGCCUCGACCGCCGCCCAAAUCGCCGUCGGUUUCGAAUCUACCCAUCAUUUCAUUCGCGUCAAGAGCUGCCUCAUACUUCCCCUCCCACGAGAUGAGCACACUACCCGAUCCGCGAACGCGAACUGUCUCCUCGUCUAGCAACGGACUCAGGCCUUCGACUGCACACCCGGACCUAAACAAAAACGAUAGCGAUGGUGCUUCUACCAACUCUCAGCAUCCCGGGCUCAGUGACGAAGUUGCUACUCUCAGCACAAAACUCAUCAACGCCAUCAACCACCAAACUGCACUUGAUGAUACACUAUCAGCGACUCGUCACGAGCUCGAGAAUUCCCACGGACGCAUCCGCGAGCUGGAGGCUCAGAUUGCCUCUCAGCGCGAGAUGAUGGCCGGCGAUGUCUGGAUCCGCAGGACAACGUUGGAAAGCGAGCGAAAAGCCUGGUUGACGGAGAAGAAGGCAAUAGAAAAGAAGCUGUCCGAGGAGACAACAGGCCGGAUAGAAACAGAGAGAGAGAAGCGUAAGAUUGAGCAGGAGCUGGAGAAUCUCACAACGGCUCUCUUUGAGGAGGCAAACAAGAUGGUCAUUGCUGCCAAGGAAGACGCCCAGUUCCAGCAUGACGUCUUGCAGAAGAAGAAUGAUCAGCUCAAGGCUCAGCUUGCAGAUUCCGAGAGCCUUCUCAAGUCUCAGCAGGAGCAGCUUUCCGAGCUGAAGCACGUCCUCGAGACCAUGGUGAUGGAGCGCGACGACCAGAGCAACAACAACACGACCCCGUCAACUCCCGGUGUCGAAGCCAAGGAAGAAGAUAAGUCUCUCCAGGAGAAGCCAGUGGCAUCUACUCCAGGACACCACGCCGAAACACACCAUACUCCGGCCCCUCCGACCAGCCUUACCCAUCUUAUCCAACCUGUCUUACGCACCGAUAUUGCUGGAUAUGAGGAUUUUGUCGCUCUCGCUCGUCUUUCUCACCAGCGUCCUGGAAACCGUGGAUCCGCUGGCUCUAUCGGUGGAUUCAUCGGGCUCGGCGGUUCAACCUCCAGUGCUCAUCUCUCUAAUGCCUCUACCUCGUCGUUGAGCGCCUUCUCAAACCUCGCUCCAAGCAGUAGCAGCAGCACACCGCAAUCUCCAAACGCAAACGCCAACGCAUCCGCAUCCAUCACCAGCGCCACAUCGACCCCUUCGACGAUUCCUCAACUCAAGGAGACUCGCUUUUUCAAGCGCGCUCUGACCGAAGAUGUUGAGCCUACACUGCGUCUUGAUGCCGCUCCAGGAUUGUCGUGGCUAGCUCGCCGCACUGUCUUGGCUGCCAUGGCCGAUGGCUCGCUUGUGGUUGAGCCAAUCCCAGCGCCGCCGACGACUCCAAGCUUCCUUCCCGUGCCCAAGCCGCAGUUUUAUCCUUGCUCUUUGUGUGGCGAGAGCCGCAAAGACGCAGAGUAUCUGCGCAACUACCGCUUCCGGACAAGCGAAGCUGAUUCUGCGCAGCGAUAUCCUCUUUGCGGUUACUGCACCGUCCGCGUUCGAUCCACCUGCCAGUUCCUGGGAUUCCUUCGUAUGGUCAAGGACGGAUACUGGAGGGCCGACGAUGAAGAGAACGAAAAGGCGGCCUGGGAGGAGAGCGUGCGUCUGAGGGAGCAAAUGUUCUGGGCUCGCUUGGGAGGUGGUGUUGUUCCCGUUUCCCAUGGGGAGACACACGUGGAGGCGUCCCAUAGCCACAAGGAGGAAGACGCCUCUGUUGCUGACACCAGCUUCGACACAGCUCCUCCCUCAGAAAUUGAGGACGAUGACACCAGCGAGUUCGACUUGGAGCGCCGCGUUUCUACGGAUGAACCUCACACACCCCCGGACCAGACUGAUGGCACGAAGCCUCUCCGCUACUCAGUUCAGUCCCUGACUCUGAGUGCUAUUAGCACCUCGGGAUCUGAGGCCACCAAGCGCCUGUCUACGACUACCGUCAUCGAGAACUAA